AACAGCUAAACCAAAUGAAUCUUACUCGUGGGACGAAACGGUAACGAAACCUUUUGACCCUAAUACCACACCAGAACCAACAACUAUUAAUGAUUCAAACCCUGGGGAACCCCUGCCUCAGAUGAAUGAUAUCAUGGAUAAACUUAAUGCUCGAAAAAUCAUGAAUCAAAUGGAUGAGGCACAAGUAACAACUGGUAAAAAGCGGGCGAAGCGCUAUAACCUAGGUACACACUCUGGGUAUCGCUGGGUUCUGCACCGUGAGCCAAUAGCUAAGCCAUUACAUAAACUGAAACAAAUAAACACAAAUGAAAACUCAAAUUCUUAUCCUUCUGUGAAAUUUACUCCAACUUUAUCUCAAAAGUCUUUGUGGAAAUUGAUAAAGAAUUUGUCUUCAAAAGGAAGGGUAUAUGGUGCAUUGCCUAGCUCGACUCAACAGGUCCAUCCUCGAAGUCUGCUUCUUUCUGGUUCUUUAAAAGGAUAUCCACUGUUUAUAUCUAUAAGUCCAACAUUUAAGGCACAAAAAAUAAAAUCUGCAGCUGUAGUUGGGUAUGGACUGAGAUCUCUACUAAAGAAUCCAGUUUUCAUACCACAAAGACAAUCCCAUAAUAAUUUGACGAGUGCUACAAGUUCGCACCAUAUUGUAAAACGUUCAUAUAGGAAUGCGUUUCUUGGCCGUCGAUAUUACAUUCGACGGAAGUACCGUUCAACUUAUCGCCGUGUAAGAAGACGACGUUAUCGCAGACCGUUUCGAAGAUAUCGAAAAACUAAAUAUUACAAGGUUUCAUAUUAUCGAAAGAAAGGCAAACGAAACAUGAAAAGAGGUUACUCUAAGAAACAAAAAUACAAAAAAUCGAAAAAUUCUUAUAGGGCUCGAGGUUCUGGGACAAACAUUUUGUACCACACAGGAAACUACAGAGGUGGGUAUAGUCAGGCGUACUGGACAUACCUACAAAAAUACUAUCCAAAAAUUUAUUUGCAUUAUCUUGACGGAUCCUAUUCUAAAGGAAACUACCAAUCAUACUACAAGACUUAUCUUAAAAAGUACCGACCAUCACAUGUUAAGGGAUACAACAAGAAAGGAUACCACCUUGGAUCUUACAAAGCUGGAAUAGAUAUCAGCGGACUAAAAACUCCUCCUCCACCCCCGAAACAGCCUAAAACAUUCAGACUGAAUACAGUAGAGCCACACCUUGAAAAUAAUAGCUGUCCCUAUGCUUGGUUAAAGUAUGACGAUAGCUGUUAUUACUUUAGCAGAGACGAACUUAGCUGGUAUAAAGCUACGAUGACUUGUGCGUCGAUGGGCGGCUACUUGGCGGUCAUAAACACUGCCCAUGAGAAUACUUACCUCAGAAAUUUUCUUAUAUCCAAUGAAAUUGACCAGGGGGCUUGGAUAGGACUUAAUGAGUUAUCUGACAUAGAAAAACACAGCUGGAGGUGGGGGUUCAGCACCACGCUGUGUCACAAGUUUGACUGGUUUGGAGACGAGCCGGAAUUCCACCAACACAAGGACUACCACUGUGGUAUAAUGUGGCACACGUAUAGAUACCACUGGCACGUAGAAAACUGUAUGAAGGAACACUACUACAUUUGUGAAUUGAAGGCGGGCAAGCCAUGUAAAUGCCGAUAUUAGAAAAUGUUUUGUUGUAUUAAAUAAUGAUCUGGUAACAUUGUUCAGUUGAUUGUUAAGACGAUAAAUAAUUCCUUUGGGGGCAUCAUAAUAAGAACAACCGUUCUUAUAAG